UGUAGUCACAUCUAAGGUCAACUCCAUCAGAGCCAGGACAUUUGUAUAGACUGAGGCUGAGUUUAGCAGCAGCUGUGCUAGUUUUUACUUUUGUUUGUACAAUCUUUGAGAAGUGUGAGCAGACACCAUGGCGGUGACACUGUGCCAGGUGAUGGGCUUUGUGCUGGGGCUUUUGGGACUGGGGGGCAUCAUUGCUGCUACAGCCAUGGACAUGUGGAGUACGGAGGAUCUGUACGACAACCCCGUCACAUCUGUCUACAGCUAUGCGGGCCUGUGGAGGUCGUGUGUAAGACAGAGCUCGGGAUUCACCGAGUGCAGACCCUAUUUCACCAUCCUGGGACUUCCAGGCCUAUUCCAAGGAGUGAGAGCACUUAUGAUUGUGGGAAUCGUUCUUGGAGUUAUCGGAGUCCUCAUUGCCAUUUUUGCCCUUAAGUGCCUCAGAAUGGGCAACAUGGAGGACCGUGUGAAAGCGACCAUGACUCUGACUUCAGGGGUCAUGUUUGUUAUCGCAGGGAUCUGUGGCAUUGCUGGGGUUUCCAUCUUUGCGAAUUUGAUCGUGACCAACUUUGCACUCACUACUUUUACCUCACCUAAUGGCUUGGGUCUAGUCGGCUCUGGACUUGUCGGAUCACCUCUUACUCCGAGAUACACUUUCGGCUCGGCUCUGUUCGUCGGUUGGGUCGGUGGAGGUAUUCUGUUUGUUGGUGGAGUCAUGCUGUGUUUGGCCUGUCGUGGACUGAUGCCUGAGAAACGCUAUGAAGGAACAGCAUACAAACCUGCAACCCAGAGUGGCAUCUACAGGUCCGAAGGCUAUCCCAAGAACUACAACAGCUCCUAUAAGGCUCACAGCAUGGAGGGCAGACAAUCCAACCAAAGAUUUGACUAUGUUUGAAACUUGCUAAUGGGCAUGUGGGAUAAAUGACCAGGAGAUAAUAAUACGACCAGUUUAAAGCGAAACAGACACAACACAGUGACAGGCAUGUAAUAGUAACUACUGUAUAAUUAACUCAUAAUAAUUCUAUAACAGAGUAUAAAGAUUUAAUAGAGCUUGUGAUGAAGUAAAAUCUCCAAUAGAGAGAAACAUUCGGGACUUUUAGGCUUAUAUCCGGAUCUAAACAAAGAGUGUAACAGUGAUAUAUUUGGUAUUUUUUUCUGUUCUUUAUUCUGGUUGUGUUUUGUUUCUGGGUAACUAGUUAUUUUUUCAAACCUAUUUUUUGUAGGUUUCUUUUUUGUUUAUGUUAUGCUAGUUAAAUUCUUUAAGUGCAAAGUCUAUGCACUUAGAGUUCCAGAAAAGUGCUCUGCAUCUUCAUGUUAGUUUUACGACUUCACUGUUUUAUGUUUUCUUUUGUGCUUAUGAACUGCAAGUUUUGUACUCACUUUACAAAAGUGCGUUAUUUAAACUGUGCAAAUAUUACAGCUUCAUAAUAUGUAUGGUAUAUUACUAUUUUUACAAUAUUGUAUUGCUGUUCUGAGUUUAUUGGCCCACAUGGAUCCAUAUGUCUAAUGCUUUUCAUUUUCCAGCUUUGAGGCAGUUGUGUCCUCUGUAGGUUUUGGUUCAUAUCAUGGUUGAGAUACUCCUGUGCUUUGGCAUCCAGACUAGGAUUAUAAUAUUUGCAUCAUUCUGUAAGGUCAUUUGGGACAAACAAUGUGUGGGCUAGCUCUUUCCUUAUUUUCCAUUUAAGCAUUUGAUAUCUGCAAUCUUAUUUACUAUGUUUGAAUUAGGUAGCAACAUUUUCUUUUGGUAAAAUAAAGCUAUACCAUCCUGUAUACAACA